AUGGAAGUGCGCGUGAUCGUUGUCGGCCUACUCUGGCUCGCCUCGGCGCAGUUAAUAGACGAGAUCAACAACUUCGAGAGGGUGAAACACAAGAGCGUGUUGUCUAAAAGGAAAUACCGACCCACGUACCAUAUCUCCGCGCCUAAGGGCUGGCUCAACAGCCCCGCCGGCUUCACCUUUUUCCAGCGGCAGUACCACAUCUUCUACCAGUAUCACCCCUACAACGGCGGAUGGGGACAUAUACAAUGGGGUCACGCCGUCAGCGAUAACCUCGUCGAUUGGUGGCACUACCCACCUGCCAUCAUCCCUAGGGAAAAGUACGAGUGGCAAGGCUGCCUUACCGGCACCGCUCUCGUGCAGAACAACUACAUGACUGUCUUCUACACUGGAACUUUCACCGAAGGCAAUGAUACGAAGCGCAAUCAAAAUGUGGCUAUAAGCUCCGAUGGGAUAAUCUUCCAGAAGUAUUUAUACAAUCCCAUCAUAAAAGAACCCCCAACCGGCACGGAUUUUCGUAACCCGACAGUGUGGAAAAAUGGAAAUAUGUGGUACAUGCUUUGCGGGAUGAAGAACGAGAGGCGGCUGGCUGCACUGGGGCUAUACUCCUCGCGGGACAUGUUCCACUGGCACUUCAACGGCACCGUGGCUCAAUCGUACGGUGACAUGGGGUAUAUGUGGGAGUGCCCGGAUUUGUUCGAGAUCGACGGAGUGCAUUUGCUCAUCCUUUCCGUGCGAGGUAUACAAAGCGAUGGAUCGUGGUUUACAAAUUUAUAUCAAACGGGUUACAUGGUCGGGAGUUUUAGUUACCGAACCGGCCGUUUUAACGAAGAUUUUGAAGUGUCCACGGCUACAUUUAACGUACUUGACUACGGGCACGACUUCUACGCGACGCGAACAAUGCUAUCACGUGACGGCCGCCGACUAAUGAUUGCCUGGCUCGGCACGUGGGAGAGCAAAUUCGUAGAAUCGGUUGACGCCUGGGCGAGUAUGCUUACACUCAUCAGAGAGCUAAAGCUCUCCGAACAGGGUCGUCUUCUCAUGCAGCCGGUUAAAGAAAUAAUCGAAUUAAGAUCGGAGAUGAUCGAGGAGGCUUGGUACCUCCCCGGUGAAUGGUUCUACACAGGAGGUAAAGCUUUCGAGUUGUUAAUCAACUCGACGAAUACACCUAAUGAGGUGUCAAUCACUUUAGAAUGGACGGGGGGUAAGUACGUCAUCGAUUUCGUAUCGCGAAAAGGAUCUGUUACUGUUAAUCGCGGAGGUAACGAUGGAAUGCGCCAUGCGGACUGGAAUCCAACCAGUAGCACCGUCAAUAUGCGGAUAUUCGUCGACAGCAGCUCGGUGGAGGUGUUCUGCGGGAAAGGUGAGGUGGUGUUCUCGAGCCGCAUUUAUCCGAAAGGCAAGAUUCGCGUGCGGGUUGAUGGUGACACACAGGUGCAUGUCGUGCAGUACCAGCUCCGGCGUAGCGUCCGCUACGACAAGCGGAUCCGGAAACAUCUGAUGAAAAACCGCAACACGCUCCAACAGCCCCUACCGAUCUAA